GCGGGCGUGACAUUCGCUGCGCUUUUCACCGAAGCCGAAGCAAGCACGUUCCAAAAACGUGUGGCGACAACUUCUGCCCCAUGAAGGGGGUGAAGAUGAACAAUGAACGGAACACAGCACGGGGAGCUCCCGCGACAGCCGCAGUCUGCUGUACAGGGUGGCUGUCCACCUCUGCGAGCAAAACGUAAUGCGCCUGGGAGAAAAAUGAUGGAAUUGUAGACACUACACGUACGCACAUCAGAAACGAUCUGAACAACACGGCCAUCAUACAGAUGGCGAGGCAGCAGCUGUAGUCUGAAGCACGGGAGGGAACUGGCGAUGACCGGCAACCACUCGAAACAAUACACAGCCUCUAGCUAAUCCCAGCGGCCAACACGCGCUUGCCAUCUUUGUACAAGCGGCAGCCCCUACGUAUGCCAGGAGCUUCUAUGGCUUUCCUACAGACUGCAGGAAGAGAGAAAUUGAGUGAAGGCAGAAACAAUCAGUACCGAAUGGCUAAAUCUGCCAGGGUCGAACUGACCGGGCGGCUCUCCAAAGAGGGGCUCUCGUGCCAUCGCCACGCACGCUCGCCCGACACGCGACCGGCAGCUGCGUGGCUGGAGGAGGGGUCGCGUCUGGCACGCGUCUCCGGCCGUGCGCCUCGUGGGCUCCGCCCAGAGCAUGCUCCGCGAGCGGCGUGGGCUUGUUCGUCGCCCCUGGCAGGAAGGGCACUCGUGGGGAGCGAGGAGGAGAAGGAGGAGGAGGAGGAGGAGGAGGAGAAGAAGGAGGAUCUGGAUCUACACGCUGAGACGCAAAAUAGUGCACGCAUGACGUAGCCCAGGUAACUGCCUGCGCACUCUAGGUGUGAGCGCAGGGUCAGGUUAGUCAGUGUUCUGAACCCAUUAGCCCGGCCGUCAUCUUUACAUGUGCACUGUACAAGAUGGAAGACAUCACUGAUGAAAUUCACGAAGCCUAAACCUGCGCGCGAGCUAAAAAGUAGCCUCGGAAGGCGAGGAACGAACUACUGAGGCCAUGCCGAGGUAGUGCCCAGCGGCCCUCUGAGAUUCCACCGCAAGCCCAAAUUUCUGCGCUCCCUCCACAAUUCCCGGACUGCCGCUGCCAGGUCGCC